AGGAUUUUAGGAGGUCACGAGCAUCUUCUUUUCUGUUACUUAGGAAAGAACUCUCUUUUUCUCAAGCGGCAAGUGAUGAAGCAUCCUGUGCGCUUGGGCCUUAUAUACCUUCUGGUCUGUGUGCUGCCCUCCGUAUUUUCCAAGGAAUGCUACUUUUGUGACAUCACAGCCUCAACCAAAUGCCCAGCCACCAAGAUGAGUUGUGCCGAAGAUGAAGACUGCUUUGUGGGUCAAGGAGCUGCUUUGGGGGUAUCACUGAUCCAAAACAAGGGUUGUACUCGCUCCAUCAACUGUGGCAAAGAGCAACCUGUUGCCCACAUGGGGGUAACCUACAGUUUGGUCACCAACUGCUGCCAGGGGAAUUUGUGCAAUGCAGCUCAGUUCCUGAAAGCUCCUCCUCUUCUCCUCCAGCUUGCCCUCCCCACUAUUCUUGUGCUGGGUCUCCUCUGACUUUGCAAGCAAUAAAAUCCUUCACACGCUUUUGAA